AGGAUCAGUAAUCAUGAUUACCUAUUCAUGGCCAUGAAGAAAAAAGAAACCUACCCUUUCCAGAUCUGCAGCACCCCUUAUCGCCCUCCCGUCCUGUCUCUGCACGCUGAGACAGGGAAUGCCGCCGAAGAAGAGAAACCGACAAGGGAGUUUUUACAGGACUGCGGCGUCAGCCACCCCUUUUGUUCUUGUUCUUCUUGUAUAUUCCCCCCGGUACUUGUACUUGUCCUUUGUCUUGUCCUGGUCAGUCAUUCCGCGACGGCGUAAAUCUUUUCUGCCUGGUUUGCUUGUUUUCUCCAUCCUGGGGACAGGGGCUAUUUUUGGCUUAUUACUCUGGCGACCUAAAGAGUCGGGUCUGCUGGACUGGCUACCCACCUACCUACCUAAUUACCGCUUACAACACGAUACAACACACACACGGGGCACAUGCAACAAACAAAUAGAUAUACGUUGGUUGGUAAAGAGAGAGAGACGGAUGUCGGGGACAAGGAAUGUAAAAAAAAUGGAUGGGGACUGCAGGAAAUGCGGGUGUCUGGCGCAAGGUUGUCUGCCUGUCUGUCUGUCUGUCUUGUUGGCUUCUCUGACCUUUUCGGCUCUUCUUUUUUUGGGAUACCUCCUAGCUAUAUAACGGAGAAAUAGAAGUAAAUUCAAAGUAAUGGCAUGGUUUGAAUGUACGCGUUGCAGAGCUCGUUGCUACUGGAUGUUUGUCUGUCCGAGACGAAGGUUCCUCGUUAACAAGUCUUAGUUGGGGGAAGUAACAACUGAGCUUGAUCAGUGUCUCGAGCUAGCGGGUAUGUGGUACCAUUGCUCUCUUUCUCCGGCCAUUCUCCCUCAUCAAGUAUGCCGCGGCUAUCUCUGCCUCUCGCCCUCUGUCUGCCUGUC